AUGCCUUCCCUCAAGCCCGUCCGCGAGUGGGCGCACCGACUUAGCCGCGCCCUGCGCUCUCGCGACGCGUUUUGUGCCUACGUCCGCACCCACGGCAACGCCCGCCGCGCGCACUCCUGGACGAACGAAGACCUCGCGCCGUCCCCGCCUUCGAUGGUCAAUUGGCGGGCCCAUAACUUCUGCCUCUUCUGGUUUGGCAUGGGCUUCGGCAACUGGACGCUAGGAUCCAGCAUCGUCGGUGCAGGCCUCUCGUGGUGGCAGGCAACUAUCGUCGUAUGGAUCGCAGCCUCCGUCUCCGGUCUCGCCAUGGCCUUCAACUCCCGGGCCGCCGCGAACUAUCACGUCGGCUAUCCUCUCCUUCUCCGAACUUCCUUCGGUAUGUACGGUCACUACUGGCCCGUCAUUGCUCGCGGAGCGGCCGCUAUGCUCUGGGUAUCCGUCCUCAACUUUCAAGGAGGCGCCUAUGUGUCCACCAUGCUCCGCUGCCUCUUCGGGCACCGAUGGGAGACCAUCGGCCCCCGGUUUCCUCCCUCUGUCGGCACCACCCUCCAGCGAUUCAUCGGGUUCUUGCUCUUCUGGCUCAUCGAGCUCCCUUCUGUUCUUUCCGCCCCAACCGCCUUCGUUGGCUCUACACUCUCAAAGCAUCACUCUCCCUCCAUCUGUGUUGGCCUUCUCGUCUACUGUCUCGUUGAUCGAUCAGGCACGCGGCCCACCGGUCCUGCGCUCGCCUGGCUUGUUGUGGCUCCAUCACCUCCGCGAUGGGAAAAUGGGUGUGUACCCACGUGGUGGCGCUGCUGUGGUUCUAACCACUCCCUCGCCAACAUGCCCGACUUUGCGCGCUACGCGACAGAUCCCUCGGAACGAUGUGGACGCACAUUCUCUUCGUCCCCUUCCCCGCCGCGUUGGUCAGUGUCCUGA